AUGGCGACGCUUAAUCCGUUUGAUUUGCUGGGCGAUAACGAUACGGAUGAUCUGUCGCUGCUGAUUGCUGCUCAGCCUGAGAAGGCCGAGCCGAAGAAAACCUCGGGUUCGUCGGGUAAACCGGCGGCGGCAGCAAAGGGUCCACAAUUGCAGAACAAGGCGGCUGCAGCGCCCAGGCUUCCCUCCAAGCCUCCACCGCCAGCUCAGGCUGUAAGAGAGGCAAAAUCAGAAUCGGCACGAGGUGGUGGCCGUGGCUACGGGCGUGGUCGUGGUGGCGGCAGUGGAUCUUACAGAGACUCUGCCUCCAAUGAGAAUUCGUAUGGCAAUAGGGAAAUAUCUGUUGGUCAGGGUGGCCCAGAUGUGUUUGAUUCUGGAAAACCAUAUGAAAGGCGUGGUGGCUAUGGUGGGCCCCGUGGGCCCUUACGUGGUGGCCGCCAGGGUGGUUUCAGCAAUGGAGAUGGAGAAUUCCGUGAUUAUGCUCGCAGGCCAUAUGAGAGGCGUAGUGGAACUGGGCGUGGAAAUGAAAUCAAACGCGAGGGAGCUGGCCGAGGUAACUGGGGAACACAGACUGAUGAACUCACACAAGUGACCGAGGAAGUUGUCAAUGAAGGUGAGAAGACAGUGGAUGUGGAGAAGCCCUCGGGAGAGGUUUCUGUUGCAGCUGAUGGAGACAAGGAAGCUGCUGCAAAUGAAGUUGAAGAGAAGGAACCUGAGGAUAAGGAGAUGACAUUGGAAGAGUAUGAGAAGCUUCUGGAGGAGAAAAGGAAGGCCUUAGUGGCCCUUAAAACUGAGGAGAGGAAGGUUGACACAAAAGAGUUUGAAUCCAUGCAACCACUUUCAAACAAGAAAGCUAAUGAUGAUAUAUUCGUCAAACUGGGCUCUGAAAAGGAUAAGAAAAAGGAGUUAGCUGAGAAAGAAGAGAGAGCCAAAAAGUCUGUUAGCAUCAACGAGUUCUUGAAGCCUGCUGAGGGUGAAAGGUACUAUAGUCCCGGUGGUCGUGGCCGAGGCCGUGGGCGUGGCUCAAGAGGUGGCUACAGUGGAGGCAACAGUUCUAGAGCAAUACCGGCUAUUGAAGAUCCCGGCCAGUUUCCUUCUUUAGGCGGCAAAUGA